GCAGAGUUACGCGCGCACUGUGUUCUAUUUAUCACUGGUUUCAGAGCUGCGCGAUUCACAGUACUACACGGUACGUUCUUCGAAACACUAAGGUGCAGUAGAGGGUGUCUAAACAAUCGAGCAUAUGGAUUCUAAUUGCAGAUUGAUGAUUUUCAUUUUGGGACUUUUUACAAUAUCAUGGUCUACACGCACCGCUUCGGGAGGAAAGGCUGUUGAGAUGUGCAAGGAGUACGGUGAGUUCGUGUUCGCGGAGGAGGCGGCGCCGGUGUUGCUGCCCGGGGCGAAGGUGGACAAGACGUCGCAGUGCGGCAUCGUCGAGGUGCCGCUAAUCGUCGGCGGGGAGAAGGCCGGUACCAAGGAGUUUCCGCACAUGGUAGCGCUGGGCUACGGCGGCGCGAAGGCGGACGGCGCCAAGUGGAUGUGCGGCGGCUCCCUCGUCAGCGAGCGCUUCGUGCUGACGGCGGCGCACUGCCUUCGGAGCCGAGACCUGGGCGAGGUGAAAUGGGCGCGCACGGGAGGCACCAACCUGGACGAUGCGGGCGACGACCCGGGCAACCCUCAGGUGUUUUCGGUGGCGGAGCGCAAGGUCCAUCCAGACUACUCGCCGCCCGCCAACUACCACGACAUCGCGCUCAUCAGGCUGGACCGCGAUGCCGCCUUCGACGCCUACACGCGCCCCGCCUGCCUCAACACCGAGGCCGAGCUCCGGGUGAAGACGGCCAUCGCCACCGGCUACGGGCGCCUCGGAUACGAGACGGACCAGACGAGUCGUGACCUGCUGAAGGUGAACCUGCACUUGGUGGCGAGCGCCGCCUGCAACGAGUCCUUUAAGUUCGACGUGAACGGCAAGUCGCUGCCCAGAGGCAUUGCGGGCAGCCAGAUGUGCGCGGGCGAGUCGGCGGGCGGCAAGGACACCUGUCAGGGGGACUCCGGCGGGCCGCUGCAGACGGUGCUGGAGGAGCCGUACUGUAUGUACUCGCUGAUCGGCGUCACAUCCUUCGGCAAGUUCUGCGGCAUGGCGAACUCGCCGGCCGUGUACUCGCGAGUUUCCCACUACGUGCCUUGGAUCGAGAGCGUCGUUUGGCCCUAGCCCUGGGCGCAAGCCACUUGUCUGGAGCAAGGACUUGCUUCGGACGGCAUGGGACCAACUUUUUUGUAACAAUUUGUACUGUGAAACACGGCGAGACUCUUAAUAAAAACAGCGAAUAGGUGAAAGUAGUAGACGAAGAGGAGGGUUCAUACCUAAAUGUCGAACUUCCAUAAAACUAUUUCAAUUCUUCGAUUGAAAAACAAAUCAGCUGUACAACAUUAAUAUGCUUACAUUGUUUCGCAAGAACAUGGCGUGAGUGUUUUACUUCUUUAAGUCUCGGCAACAGAAGCUCUGCAGAAAGAAUGGGAGCAGUAAUGUAUUUUCAGCGUAAUUGUGCUACUUAACUAUUAUAUAGAAUGUGUAAAACAGCGCCUGAAUUCUGAUUUUUACGCCAGUCAUACACGUAUGAUUGACGAAAUCUUGUCAAAAUUCAUUUAUAAAUGAGACAUUUAUUUGCUCAACUAUUUAUAUAUCUAAAAUUUAAAUAUAUAAAAAUCCGAGCAAACAAAUUACUCAUUCAUAAAUUAAUUUUGAAAUUUGAAUAAGUUCAAUUUUCCAGUAAUUGUUUUUAUGAUUCGAAGGAAUCCAUGAAUUAAAUAAUCUGAAGAUAUUAAAAAAAAAUUGUACACUACAAAAUUAGUGUAUAAAGCAAUCAGACGAUCGUACUAAACUUCAAUACUUCUGGUUUGCUUAACAAAUCUCUUAUUAACCCUUUGAAGCUACCAGAAUUAAGAAAUAUGAUUUCUCGAAUAUAAUAAAUAUGAUCUAGAACCUUUGUAGAUAUUAUUUGAGAAUUAAGUUAUUGGCAAAAUUUGCUUGAGUCAGUGAAUGAUAAUUUUCUCUCACCAUCAUGGGCAUUUCAGACACGGAAGCCAAGAAGACGUGAUCAAAGUACUCGCAGACGCUUUUAAGAUUUUUCCGAGUUCUAUCAUAAUAAUAUUCACACCCGAAAUGUAAAAUAUGUAUUAUAUUUUACUACAUAUAUUGGCAUCUUUGUGUUUCCAUCAGCUCGUUCGUUCACUUUGAAGAGAUCUAAGCAUUUUCAACCAAAGUUAAAUUUUCAGGUUUAAAGAUUGAAGAAAAGUGGAAUGUCGUAAACUUGCUCGUUAAGUUUUUGAAAUAAAGCUUACUGCUUGCAGUUAUCACUAUAGGAAAGUAAGAAUAGGAGCGACAUAGAAAGCUUAUCUUGCGGGAGCAAAAGGUGACGGACGAGGCUUUUUUGAAGAAACAAAAACAAAACACUAGAGACUGCAUUUAUGUGGCAUAUGCAUCUAAAAAGCUCCAAUAUGUGAUUUGAUGGGAACAUAAAUUAAGGAAAGGAAAUUGCUGUGGGAGGUACAAUGAUUUACAACCAUAUUUCCAUAAGUCUGCCAUGAUUAACCAACAACAAUGUAGAGAAGAAUAUCAGUAUUGUAGAAAUUAAUUAUUAAGCAUCCAAAUAUUAUUUAAAAUGUAAAUAAAUUGUACAGUUUUUCCAG